CAUCAGUUUUAAACCAUCAUUGAGGUUGAGGUUCUUUCUUUGAAAAUGUUGCUGUUUUUACUACCGUUGUUGGUAGCAUCGGCUACGGCUACCAGGGAUUCACGAUGCGUACAGUACAAUGCAGGAGCUGAAGCGAUGACUUUGUCACAUAGAAGCGAUUGCACCAAAUUCUAUAUUUGUGACGUAGAAGGGAACGCCCUGGAGAUGAAGUGUCCUUCUAAGACUUACUUCAGCCAAAUUGAAGGAGUUUGUUCAUUCGACACAUCAGGUUGCACCGGAGGUGAAAACAAUGUCAUUGAGGAACCAGAGAACAACAAUGAAUCGCCUGUCAUAAUUGACAAUGGUUUCAAAAAUGAGCAGGAAUUCCUCCAAAUGGCUUGUCUGAACCAACCAUCGGGAAAAACUCUCCCAUUAUUCAAUGAUUGCUUUUCGUAUGUUGUCUGCCUACAACAGAAACCUAUCAUUCUAACGUGUCCUGAAGGGUUGAUGUAUGAUCAUAGAAACAGCAAGUGUGAAUUCAAGGAAACUGCUGAUUGUAAAGUUUACAACAUCCCAAUGCCUAUAAAACCAAUUGAAGUUCCAGAGCAAAACAAUAUCUACUCAGUACCAGAAUUGUUACCACUAGAAGAACUUCAUAACACUUAUCCUGUUUGGAAUGCACCAAAUGUACCGCAGUAUAAACCAAUCAAACCAUUGGAGCCGUUCAUGUCCAUGCCUCAAAUGCCAGUUAAACCAGAAUUCCCUGGUCAGCUUCCACAGAACCCUAUCUUUCCUAUGCCGGUAUUGCCAGUAGAGCCUCCAAAGGAUACUGUUAUGGGACAGGAAUUUAUGCCUUACGGUCCAGUAACCUACUCGGAUCCCCGAUGCUUGCAACGAUUUGACCCUGAUAAUCCAAUUUUGCUUCCACAUUCACGAGACUGUACUAAGUACUACGUCUGUGUUGGAAAUAACGCCAUCGAAAAGCUAUGCCCCACGGGUCAGCACUGGAGUGAUGAGAACGGCUGGUGUGACUUCCCGACCAGGGCCAAAUGUAAUCGUUUCUAAGAUAUGUUUGAA